GGUGCUUGAUCUGGCCCCGAACGGAGUUCUCUGACUGAGCCAGAUCUCCCCGCACGGCCAUGGGUUCUGUCACCUCAGCGCUCAACCGCUCGCGCAACACAGUGGUACAGCUGACCUCGGAGCCGGCAGUUCCUCCACGGAUCGCCUUCAGAAAGCCGCGAACUUUUAAAAGCCGGACCAAAGCGAUGGCGGCGACAACUGUCGAAGUCCGCAAACUCCCACCUGUUUCCGGCGCCUGGGAAGGGAACAGCAGGCCUGCACCAGCCGCGGCAGAAGUAUUCAAGGAGCUGUCCGACGUCCUGAAGUGCUCGAAAACGGAAGAAAGAGCCCUUGGGCUAGUCUUGCCUCCUGCCCGCCGAAGUCGUAGCGCCUUUGCAAAUGAAACAGGAGACAAGAAUGCUCAUCCUACAUCGCGGUUUGCACGAUCAAAAUCUCAGAACUGCCUGUGGAAUACCAUUAUUGGUGGGCUUACAGGAAACAUCAAGGAGAAACAGAAACCAAUGAUCAUCCAUGAUCCAAGGCCUCCUGAGGAAAUCUUAGCAGAUGAGCUGCCCCCAGUGGAAAGUUCUGAAGCAUUAGUGAAAACUUCAUUCAGAUUACGAUCUUUGGUAAAACAACUGGAGAAAGGAGAUGCUUCUGUUGUUGAUCUAAAAAAGAACCUAGAAUAUGCAGCUACUGUGUUGGAAUCUGUAUAUAUUGAUGAUUGUAGGCGCCUCUUGGACACAGAAGAUGAGCUUAGCGAUAUCCAGUCUGACUCUGUGCCUUCAGAGGUACGGGACUGGCUGGCUUCUACUUUCACCCAACAGAUGGGUAUAAUGCUAAGAAGAAGUGAAGAAAAACCACGUUUCAGAAGCAUUGUUCAUGCAGUUCAAGCUGGAAUAUUUGUUGAGAGAAUGUACAGGCGUACAUCCAAUAUGGUUGGACUUAGUUAUCCCUCAGCUGUAAUCUCAGCACUAAAGAAUAUAGACAAGUGGUCAUUUGAUGUAUUUGCAUUAAAUGAUGCUAGUGGAGAUCAUGCACUAAAAUUUAUUUUCUAUGAACUGCUCACACGCUAUGAUCUGAUCAGCCGUUUCAAGAUUCCAAUUUCUGCUCUUGUCUCCUUUGUGGAAGCUCUGGAAGUUGGCUAUAGCAAGUAUAAAAAUCCAUACCACAAUCUAAUGCAUGCAGCAGAUGUCACACAGACUGUUCAUUACCUCCUUUUAAAGACAGGUGUAGCACACUGGUUGACAGAACUGGAAAUCUUUGCUAUGAUUUUUGCAGCUGCUAUCCAUGACUAUGAGCACACUGGAACUACAAACAACUUUCAUAUUCAAACAAAGUCAGAUACAGCCAUUCUAUACAAUGAUCGGUCUGUGUUAGAAAAUCAUCAUCUAAGUGCAGCAUUUCAACUUUUGCAAGAUGAUGAGGAGAUGAACAUUUUGUCUAAUCUCUCCAAAGAUGAUUGGAGAGAGUUCAGGACUCUAGUGAUUGAGAUGGUGCUGGCUACAGAUAUGUCCUGUCAUUUUCAGCAAAUCAAAGCCAUGAAGAAUGCAUUGCAGCAGCCAGAAGGAAUUGACAAACCAAAAGCCUUAUCCUUGAUGUUGCACACAGCUGACAUCAGUCAUCCUGAGGCAUGGAACCUCCAUCAUCGCUGGACCAUGUCACUGUUAGAAGAAUUUUUCAGACAGGGUGACAAAGAAGCAGAGCUAGGCCUUCCCUUUUCCCCCCUGUGUGAUCGUAAAUCCACUAUGGUUCCUCAGUCUCAAGUAGGCUUUAUUGAUUUUAUUGUGGAACCUACUUUCACUGUGCUGACAGAUAUGAGUGAGAAGAUUGUAACACCUCUCAUCGAGGAAGCCUCUAACUCUGGUAUGACGGGAUUUAGGAGAUCCAGUCUGAAUAGCCUUAGCCCCUCAGAAGUCAAAAGAUCAAGUGUCAACAGCACUGGGUCAGAAGGAAGUGCCUCACUCCACUGUUCCAUCCUCACUGUGGACUUCAGUUUUAAAGCCACAUGGACAGAAGUAGUGCAACAAAACCGAGAAAAGUGGAAAGCCCAAGCAAUCAAAGUGAUAUAG